AUGGCAGUUGAAUCGAAUAAAACUACCGUUACAAACGGGAAUUUCCAAGAGAAAAAUUUUAUCAGGGCAAGAAUUCAAGAUCAUCCAUAUCAAGUAUCGAUACAAUAUAAAAACUAUCAUAUAUGUGGAGGUGCAGUUCUUUCAAAUUUUUUUAUUUUAACUGCCGCAAGUUGUUUGUCGCAUGAUAAAGAAAAUGUACUUUAUGCAAAUCUUAAAGUAUUAAGUGGAACCGACAAUCUUGAGAAAUUAGAUUUAGAUUCCAGUAUCAAUGAUGUUGAAUAUGUUAUACUUCAUAAAAAAUUUGAUUUGCAGCAUCAACGUCAUGAUAUUGCUAUUCUUCGAUUGACGAGACCAUUGAUUUUUAAUCUUUAUCGAUGGACAGUUUCGUCACCUUACGAUUAUAAGAUGUUUACAUACGCUCACAAUACCGGUCAUUAUAUAACUGGAUGGGGUAAAAAUUCAUAUACUGUUGAAAAUUCGACUAGUAUCAACCCACGUCUUCAAUUCGUUUGGGUUGAUUUAACAAAACCUGGAGAUUGUGAAGAAUACAUCGACCAGCAUUGUCUAAAAGCCAUAACAACUCCGCUUAAAUCACAAUCUUUCAGCAGUUCAAAGGCAUCAGCUGAUGAAGAUAAUGUUACUGAAAAAUCCAUUGUUUCAAAUUCUUCUGGCUCAAAGAGGAGUUACAAAAGAAUUCGUAUCAUUGAUUCAGAUGAUGAUGAUGAUAAUUCAAUUGUCAAUUUUUAUGGCACUGCUGGAAAUUUGUUUUCAAAUCCACAACAAAAAUCACAUACUGAAGUCAGUUCAAUUGAUGCUGAUGAUGAAUCAUCAAGCAUAAAAAUGCUAAGUAAAAAUGAAUUGAUGCAACCUCUUGCUUGCAGUUCAAUUGCUGGAAGUGAUGAUGAGAUAAGUCCGUUAUCAGCCAACAAAUUAGAAAAAGAUGAACUUGAGACUGAAAACUCAUUCAACGAAAGUAAAGAAAUAAAAGUAACCAACAGGACUUGCACUAAAAAUGAUAUCAUUCGUGACUUCAAAAGAAUUUCGACAUCCAUUUCUAACAAAAGAAAAAGUUCUUGUGGAUAUAAUUUACAAUUGAGAAAGAGCCAACAACUACUGAAUACAUCUGGUAUGUGGGAUAUUGAAAAUUAUCAUCGAUGGUCAAGAAAAAAUAAUAAUAAUCGUUAUCAGUCGACAAAAGUUGAUGAGGUUAAAGAAGAUGAAGACGAACCUCCACUCAAUAACACUCAAGAUGAAAACGAAGCAAAAUCAAAUUAUGAGAUGGAAUCAGAAAGAUUUAAACGUGAGUGUGCUCGAUUUGAGCGUGAGGGUGCACGUUUUCAAGUCUUUAAAUACAUCAAUUCAAUGGAAGAAAAAAUUAGAAAAUGUGAAUUGGAACUUAAUGAUGAUUACAUCAAUGAUAUCAUUCAAAUUUGCAAUAAUACCAAGCACUGGCUAACUGACAAUCAAAAUGCUGAAAAACAAGACUAUUCUGAUUUAUUGAUAAACAUGGAAAAAUUCUAUGAAGAAAUAUUAAUAAAAGCAGAAGAAGAUGAUACAGAAGAAUCACGUUGUGUUAUUUGUUGA